UCUGUUAGUCUAUGAACUCUGAAAAAGUGUCAUAAUCCUAUAGUCUGAACUCUGAACUGAAUUUCUCAUAACCGCUCUCACUCACGAGAAUCGCGAUGUCUACGCUACUUCACUCCUCUUUCACCAUCACUUCUUCUUCUUCCUCCUCCUUCUCUCACAUCACUCCAUUCCUCUCUUCCCCUCGCAUCUCACUCCGAAACGGCGUCAAAUGUAAGGUAAUCGGAGCGGUGAGGCUUGACAAUGGGAGGCCAAGUCCGGCUGAGUUUGCUGUUAGCAGCGGCGGAAGUGCGAUUCCUAGCUUCUUGGUGGCGCCAAACGCGCGCAUCCAGGAUCUGGUUAACGGAAAUGACACUCGCCUUCGAAUAUUUUCCGGUACCGCUAACCCUGCUCUUGCUCAGGAAAUUGCAUGCUACAUGGGACUGGAGCUUGGAAAAAUAAAGAUAAAACGUUUUGCUGAUGGUGAGAUAUACGUUCAGCUGCAAGAAAGUGUCAGAGGUUGUGAUGUGUUUCUUGUGCAGCCCACAUGUCCUCCUGCCAAUGAAAAUCUUAUGGAGCUGCUAAUAAUGAUCGAUGCCUGCAGGAGAGCUUCAGCCAAAAAUAUUACAGCAGUCAUUCCCUAUUUUGGAUAUGCUAGAGCUGAUAGAAAGACUCAAGGGCGUGAAUCCAUUGCUGCCAAGCUUGUAGCAAAUUUGAUUACUGAAGCAGGUGCAAAUCGUGUUCUUGCUUGUGACCUCCAUUCUGGGCAGUCCAUGGGCUACUUUGAUAUUCCAGUUGAUCAUGUGUAUGGACAGCCUGUUAUACUUGAUUACCUUGCCAGCAAGACUAUUUGUUCAGAUGAUUUGGUAGUUGUCUCACCAGAUGUUGGUGGUGUUGCUAGAGCACGUGCUUUCGCCAAAAAAUUAUCUGAUGCUCCUUUAGCUAUUGUUGAUAAAAGGCGUCAUGGGCAUAAUGUUGCUGAGGUGAUGAAUUUGAUAGGUGAUGUGAAGGGAAAGGUAGCAGUUAUGGUAGAUGACAUGAUUGAUACUGCUGGAACUAUUAGCAAAGGUGCAGCUCUAUUGCAUCAAGAAGGUGCUAGAGAAGUCUAUGCAUGCACUACUCAUGCUGUUUUCAGUCCUCCUGCUAUAGAGAGGUUGUCAAGCGGUUUGUUUCAAGAAGUUAUCAUUACAAAUACAAUUCCAGUGGCGGAACAGAACUAUUUCCCCCAACUAACUGUCCUAUCAGUGGCCAACCUUCUGGGAGAGACUAUAUGGCGUGUUCAUGAUGACUGCUCAGGUGGAAUUGAACCUUAUUCCAGCUUGGGCAUUGAUUGAACAAUUUGUAUCCAUGUUAUGGUGGUUACAGCUUAUGACGCUGCGGUAACAAGUGACAGAUUGUAAAAGCGAUUUAAAGCAAAAGCUUUACUUGAAGAAUACCUUCUUCUAGAGAGAUGUUUCAUGGAGUUUUUUGUACGUGUAAAAUACUAUCAUAGGUAUAUGUGAAAUUAACAACGGAAAACUGUGCCUCUAUGCUGUUCUUUUUUCUUGAGUACGUACAGUUUUGAAGUAGAAACUAGAAAUGGUGAAUCAUACUGCAUGAAGAGUAAUGAAUUGUGUAAACUAUAUUACUGCCACUUUAUUGAUUGUCCUAGUGUAUUCAAA